AGUCCCUUUCUGGAGCAGAAAACACUUGAGGAGUGCUGUGUGCAGCCAAUCGUCAUUACAUUAAAGGCUGGAAGUAGGAGGCUGGACUUAGGAGUCAAAACAUGGCGAAAUAACAAGUUUCGCAGGUAGAAGCUACGCCGUACCUGGUACCGUUGGACUGCAGUUUCGACCGAGCUGGACGCUGGAGGAGACGACAGKAGCCUUUAAGUUUAGCGAACGGAUGGCUGCAGUGUUUUAAGUGUUACGGACAUAGAGCAUGCCUGUAUUUUCCUCCGGAAGGUUGGCAGUGCUAGGCGCGACUGUCAACAGAAAAAAUAUGGACUGAGAGGGAAAGUUUAUCCUGGGAAAAAGCUUGCUAGCUCUGCUACGUUAGCUGCGGGUUGAUUAAAGGCACACACCUGAGUCAGUACUCUGAUUACUUUGAGGUCGGCUUGAAAAAGUGGGGGGUUUAUUAUUAUAAUUUUUUUUAGUCGUCGUAUAAAGUUUGACACGAAGAAGCGGUGGGAGCUGCUUUUUUUUCUCCCCAGUCUUUUAAAUCAAAUUGUUCGGCUUGGAUUUAACUGCAGUAUUCCGUUCAUGUAAGGCAGCCAGCGCCAGUUUGACGUUCGGUUCUGGUGCGGACGGACCCGGACGCCAUCACAUCACAGACGUUGCGUUCUUCUUAAAAACAACCACUGCGUUGAACAAGCCCGCAUUUUUUUAAUAUAGAUAUAUAUAUAAUAAUUGUCAGCACAAUUAAAUAGUGCUCUUCCGUCAAAAUCGGGUAGGAGUUUUUUUUUCUUAUUAUUUUCCCUGCUUGCGUAAUUUUAUCAGGCAUAUUAUUACUAGGGAUGUUUUACAGCAGCAGAGACGCGGCGUCUUCUUGUCAAAAUGAACGCAGCAAGGUGUUCAACAACACUGGAGGUGCGCUGCGUUUAAAACCAACCAGUUAUUAGCUCGGUACUAAUGGCCGGCUGAACUGGAACGGUGCCAUUUUGUUAAAAAAAAAUCUUAUUUUACAUUCGUUGUGUUUCAGUCAGAAUUUCUAGCUGACAUUUUUCUAAAUCAGCUGAGGAAAACAUUACAGCUCUCGACCAGAGUUGACGUGAGCUAACCUGCUGGGUGCGUCUGAAGCAGCCCCUGGGAUGGACUUGCUAUAUUGAAGUGUUCCGCGUUUAUAUAUAAAAUCAGUUUUCCUGUAUGAUAUCGAUAGAUUAGGCUCGUGGGCAGCCAUUUAUUUCUUCCUGUCAAAGUUCUUGUGUAAUAAGUGGCUAACUUGUUAGCUAACGUCAUAAGUUUGGCCAGCUAUGUCUGAAAACGCCCCCACACGAAGCCUGGAUGACAUAGACCUCGCAGCUCUCAGGGAUCCAGCAGGAAUCUUUGAGCUUGUCGAGGUUGUCGGCAAUGGGACGUAUGGGCAAGUAUACAAGGGCCGUCAUGUGAAGACGGGCCAACUGGCCGCCAUCAAAGUGAUGGAUGUUACGGAGGAGGAAGAGGAAGAGAUCAAAGCAGAGAUCAACAUGCUGAAGAAAUACAGCCACCACCGCAACAUAGCCACGUACUACGGUGCCUUUGUGAAGAAGAGCCCGCCAGGACACGACGAUCAACUUUGGCUGGUGAUGGAGUUCUGUGGAGCCGGAUCAGUGACUGACCUAGUGAAGAACACUAAAGGCAGCUCUCUGAAGGAGGACUGGAUCGCUUACAUCUGCAGAGAGAUCUUAAGGGGCCUUUCUCACCUCCAUGCCCAUAAAGUUAUCCACAGAGACAUCAAAGGCCAGAAUGUGCUGCUAACGGAGAAUGCGGAGGUCAAGCUAGUUGAUUUUGGGGUGAGUGCCCAGCUGGACAGGACUGUGGGGCGGAGGAACACCUUCAUCGGCACUCCGUACUGGAUGGCGCCUGAGGUCAUCGCCUGUGACGAGAAUCCGGACUCCACUUACGACUUUAGGAGUGAUAUUUGGUCUUUGGGGAUAACGGCCAUCGAGAUGGCAGAGGGAGCUCCUCCUUUGUGUGACAUGCACCCAAUGAGGGCCCUCUUUCUGAUUCCAAGGAACCCCCCUCCAAAGCUUAAGUCCAAGAAAUGGUCAAAGAAGUUUAUCGACUUUAUAGAAGGCUGUCUCGUCAAGACGUACCACAGCCGGCCCAGCACAGAGCAGCUGCUCAAGCAUUCGUUCAUCAGAGACCAGCCCACAGAACGUCAGGUCCGCAUUCAGCUCAAAGACCACAUUGACCGCACGCGCAAAAAGAGGGGAGAGAAAGAAGAGACGGAGUACGAGUACAGCGGUAGCGACGAGGAGGAUGAAAACCGUGGAGACGACAGAGAAUCAAGUUCCAUCCUCAACGUGCCUGGCGAAUCCACCCUGAGGCGGGACUUCCAGCGGCUGCAGCAGGAGAACAAGGAGCGUACGGAGGCCCUCAAGAGGCAGCAAGCCCAACUGGCCGCCCAGCGCCGAGAUCCCGAGGAGCACAAGAGGCAGCUGCUGCACGACCGACAGAAACGCAUCGAAGAGCAGAAGGAACAACGGCGCCGACUCGAAGAGCAACAGAGAAAAGAGCGAGAGAUGGUGAGGCAGCAAGAAAAAGGCCCCCACCGGAGACUCGAUGAUAUGAGACGGGAGGAAGACAGGAGGCUGGCAGAGAGGGAGCAGGAGUUUAUCAGGCACAAGUUAGAAGAAGAGCAGCGGCAGCUAGAAAUCCUUCAGCAGCAGUUGCUUCAGGAGCAGGCGCUGCUCAUGGAGUAUAAGCGAAAGCAGCUGGAGGAGCAGCGGCAGUCGGAGCGGCUGCAGAGGCAGCUGCAGCAGGAGCAUGCCUACCUGGUGUCUCUGCAGCAGCAGCAGGAAAAGAAGCCCCAGCUUUAUCACUAUAACAAAAACCUGGAGCCCAACAACAAACCCACCUGGGCCCGAGAGGUGGAGGAGCGAAGUAAACUAAACAGACAAGGGUCACCGAAAAUCUGCACCACCGUCUCUGACACUGCCAUCCAGUCGCGCUCGGACUCCAUCAGCCAGUCGGGAAUGGUCCAGUCUGCACAAACGCCUCCAAUGCAGAGGCCAGUUGAACCCCAAGGUGGUCAAGGAAAGUUCCAGAUGGCUCACUUGGUUCCACUGAAGCCGUACGCUGCCCCUGUCCCUCGCUCUCAGUCCCUCUGUGACCAGCCAACUAAGAACAUGUCCGCCUUCCCCACCCAGGACCCCUCCCUCGCCCCCACGCCCCGCCCCAUCCACUCCAGAGAGCUUGUACGUCAGAACUCGGAUCCCACUUCUGAAACCCCGGGGCCGCAGUUGCAUCAGAUCAGGGAGGAUCGCGGCCCCUGGAUCCGACUGCCAGAUGUAGAGCUUCCACCGAAGAUUCCUCAGAGAACUGCGUCCAUUGCCACGGCUCUUAACACCAACCUUACCUCUGGCAUUAGGCAUCCAGUAAGAGCCAGCAAUCCAGAUCUCAGCCGCAAUGAUCGCUGGGAGAGAGGAGACAGUAUGAGCAUCAUAUCUGGUCUGCCCCAAACCGGCUCUCUAGAGAGGCACCGCAUCCUCAGUACCUCCAAAAUGGAUUCACCAAUUCUCUCCCAUGAAAGUCGCCACAAGCCGGGGGAAUCCCGUACAUCCUCUCGUCCUGGGCGACCUGCUAGCUACAAGAGGGCUAUAGGGGAGGACCAUGGGCUCUAYGCUAAGGAGCGUGCUGAGGAGCCGCCGCGUCCCCCUGUCAAGGCCAAUGAUUACUCCUCAUCUUCAGAGAGCAGCGAGAGUAGUGAAGAAAGCGAGAGCGGCGAGGGACCAGAGGAGGAGGAGAGCCCRACUGAUCGCCACAGAGAUGCAGACAGUGAUUCAGUCAACACCAUGGUGGUUCAUGAAGAUGAGGGCGAGGUGGGAGAGGGAGAGCAAGCUGGAGGAUACGGGGAUCAGACCAUGCUGGUUCAGAGAACCCCAGAGAAGAGGAGCCAUAACGGAUACACUAACUUGCCAGAUGUGGUGCAGCCGUCCCACUCUCCCACYGAUUCAGCCCCUCACUCCUCUCCAGGGAAGGACUCUGUUUAUGAUUAUCAAUCCAGGGGUUUGGUGAAGGCAUCUGGCAAGUCUUCCUUCACCACCUUCGUGGAUCUUGGCAUGUAUCAGUCACCAGGUGGCACAGGGGACAACAUGUCAAUCAGCGGCUCCAGAUUYGAGCAGCUGAAGAUGGAAGUGAGGAAGGGAUCCAUGGUGAAUGUCAAUCCUACCAACACGCGCCCUCCUAACGACACACCUGAGAUCCGCAAGUACAAGAAGAGGUUCAACUCUGAGAUCCUAUGUGCUGCACUCUGGGGUGUGAACCUGUUGGUGGGCACAGAGAACGGCUUAAAGCUGCUGGACCGCAGUGGCCAAGGAAAAGUUUACCCACUCAUCAACUCCCGCAGGUUCCAACAAAUGGAUGUUCUGGAGGGCCUCAACCUGCUCAUCACAAUAUCAGGCAAGAAGAACAAGGUGCGUGUGUAUUACCUGGCAUGGCUGAGGAAUAAGAUCCUUCACAAUGACCCGGAGGUGGAAAAGAAGCAAGGCUGGACCACUGUGGGAGAAAUGGAGGGCUGUGUGCACUACAAAGUGGUGAAAUACGAGAGGAUAAAGUUCCUGGUGAUUGCUUUGAAGAAUGCGGUGGAGGUUUAUGCGUGGGCGCCCAAACCUUAUCACAAAUUCAUGGCCUUCAAGUCUUUUGCAGACUUGCCACACAGGCCUGUACUGGUUGACCUGACUGUAGAAGAGGGCCAGAGGUUGAAGGUCAUCUACGGUUCCUGCGCUGGGUUCCACGCCAUYGAUGUAGACUCUGGAAAUAACUAUGACAUUUACAUCCCUGUUCAUAUCCAAAGCCAAGUGACUCCACACGCAAUUGUGUUCCUGCCCAACUCUGACGGCAUGGAGAUGCUGCUUUGCUAYGAGGACGAAGGUGUUUACGUCAACACCUACGGACGGAUCAUUAAAGACGUCGUCCUGCAGUGGGGCGAGAUGCCCACAUCCGUUGCUCAUAUCUGCUCCAAYCAGAUCAUGGGAUGGGGUGAAAAGGCCAUCGAGAUCCGCUCUGUGGAGACCGGUCACUUGGACGGGGUCUUCAUGCACAAGAGGGCUCAGAGACUGAAGUUCCUUUGUGAAAGAAAUGAUAAGGUGUUUUUUGCUUCCGUGCGUUCAGGAGGCAGCAGCCAGGUGUACUUCAUGACCCUGAACAGAAACUGCAUCAUGAACUGGUGAAGCGGCAGCUGCUUUGGUCAGUGCGUAGAACCCAGCAGAGCCAACAUUCUUGCUAACGCAUGCACACAAUUUGCAAACACUACUCUCYUUUACCCUGAAGCUCCUACAUACUUGCGUGCUCCCACCGCAAACGCAAAGACAUCCAGAACUCGCACAAAAAAAGCAGAAAAAAAACAAAAACAAAAAAAAACACACCACAGACACAAACUCUACAUCCAUUCCAGCCUAAACUGCUUAAGGUACAGUUAAUACAGAGACCCCCCUGCUGGCAGUCUGCUGGGAAUCAUCACAAAAAACCGCAGAUGAGAUUCAAAUGUCGAUAUCCGUAAUUAAUUUAGACUCUGUGUAKAUAACCUAGCUUGAUUCUGUUCUCUUUGUGAAGCUGUCUUCUUUAGUUUGAUCCACUUAGUUUCUACUUGUGACGUACGUYAACAUUCCUAUAUUUGAGGAAGGCAUUAUUUUUCAAGUACUGUGUUCAAAAUCAACAAUAUAUCGCCUGAGACUUGGACGAGAAUCCGUUUCAAACUUGAAGUGCUGAAGAGUCCAUGUGCUGCGGUGCACAGACCUUAUUUGUUCAGAGGUUCGCCGUUUUGACAUGAAGUUGUUCCGUAUCAAGAUUAACCACAAACAUUUGAUGUAUUACAAAAACAUGAGCAAAACCUAGGUGAAGCGGCUUGUUUAAAUACUUCAGUUAUUUGUAAACCCUGUUUUUGUUUUUUUGUUUUUCUGUCACAGCAAUCRGGCCUUGAAUCUUUUAAAUGUAAAUUAAAUUUCAGUUCAAUAUUAAUAAAUGUUAAAUCUAGUUCAAAGUCUUUUUUUUAAUAAGGUAAAUAGAAUCAGAACAGAACAACUUCCUGCUUUGGUUUCUUCUUUGGUUUGUGUAAAAACCAACUUCAUUCAACUUGUAUCCAUCUUUCAUAGGUUUACAAAGUACACACAUUUACUAUUUAUAUGUAGUGGUUCUGUAUUAGUACUAGGCUACUGAUUUUCUUAAUUUUUCCUGUACUUCUAAUGCCAUAUUAUUGCAAUAUAUUCUACUGUUGUGGAGUCUUUUUAAGAGGGGAGUUUGUGUGUGAGGCAGCAUGAUGAGAGCUUCAGGAGGAGGAUGGGUGUGAAGGGGACAAUCGGUGAUCAACCCUGCUGUAUCAUAUUUUAGUCCUUAAAUUGUUUUUUUUUUUUUGUGUGUGUGUGUGUGACUGUGUGUGUGAGGAGUGUGUGUGCAGCAGAACAGCUCUUCGUGGUCUUCGGCCAGCAGAACAAUUUAUCUUCAGGGAGACGCUGCAGUUCGGCAGAGUACUCCAGCUUUUUGGRCACUUUGGAGAGCAUGAGUGGAGCUAAUGAAACAUAAUAUAUUUUAUAGAUUUACAUUCUGCCAAAGUUCACAGUGCAUGUUGGGAUAACUGGGYGAGUCAAGGCCAAAGAAAGCAGAAACUAAAUGGUAGCUGUGAAUCGAGGCGAAAACAACUCACAGAUCACUAACCAAGGCUUUCCUCCUGUAAUAUUUAAAUAUUAUUUUUUAUAUAUAUACAGUGUUGAUUGAAGGUUUAGAUACACAGAUGACCUCAACUGACCUUUUUUCCAGUGUAUAAUCAAGGUUUCCCCCAGAAAACUUGCUAAGCCCAGUGGUUGGGUGCCGGGGCAGUCAUUCAUCCAGCGACCAGACGUGUUUUUGAGUUAAGAAAUGUUUAAAGUUGACUAAAAAUGUGAAAGUCUCACCUGAUAAUUUGUGUUAGUGGAAGAUUGGAAGAUUAAUAAAUGAACACAAACUAAAAUCUUAAAUAAAUAACCAAUGCUGAGCCUAGUGGGGGCACAAGUAAAGCCUGGUGGCCCGCCAGGCUUAUGAUACACUGAGGGAAACCCUGAUAACGAUAUCAUGAAAUGCAACAAUGCAGCCACAUGCAUUUUCUUUUUUUCAGUCACAACCGUCUUGUGACUGAAUAUUUGACUACUCUUCUUUGCAGAAUUGGUAGUUAAUUUAUACUGAUUGGAUUCCCGACAAAGAACUGAAUUUUAAUCAUUUAAACCUAGAUUUUAAUGCAUGUYGAGACCAGGACAUCCCAUAAGCUCAGUAAUAACUUGUUUAAUCGUCCAAUGUCCAGACUGUAUCUCCAUCUAGCUGUUGAUCCAAGUGAUUGAGCUUCUGUGGUUCCUGCAGUCUCAAACUUCCUAAACCAUUUGUGAGCGCUUGAGUCAGAUGGUUUCAAACUGGAGAUCCUGAAUGCACAUUGAAAUCAACUAGUUUAGGAUAAAUUCUACCGUUUCUAAUGAGAAGAGUGUGUAAAAAAAAAAAAAAAAAA